CUCUCUCUCUCUCUCUGGUGUUAAUAUUGAUUGGGUUAUGUUCUGGGGUUUCUGUAGCAGGGACCAAGAAGAAGAUGAAGGAUUCAUAAUUUAUUUGAAAAGUGAUUUCUGUUGUUAUGAUUUUUAUAGAACAAUCAACAAGUGUAUAGAUAUAUAGAGGGAAAGAAAUAGGCAUGGGUUGUUUCCCUUGCGCUGGGGGAGAUUCUUCUACCAAAAGAUCAUCGAAGAACAAGAGAAUUGAAAACAACACCCACAACGAUCAAUCAAACACAAAAACUUCUGAUACGAAAAAAGUCGACCCAUGUAACGAAGUGAAAGUGAAGAAGGAAAAUGUGCAGGAUGCUAUUCAACCAUCGGUUGUCGAGUUUGGUGAAAAGAGUAAGACCUCCGGAGAGGGAGGUCCGAUAAAUAAAGCAAGAACAUUUACGUACGCGCAGUUGGUGAGUGCGACUGAUAAUUUCAAGGCUGCGUAUUUCUUGGGAGAGGGUGGAUUCGGCAAAGUUUUUAAAGGAAAAUUGGAAGAUUCUGAUCAGAUUGUUGCUAUAAAGCAACUAGAUCCCGAUGGGUUGCAAGGGAUUAGGGAAUUUGUUGUUGAAGUUUUGACGUUAAGCAUGGCUGAUCAUCCAAAUCUUGUGAAAUUGAUUGGCUAUUGUGCUGAAGGAGAGCAAAGAUUACUGGUCUAUGAAUACAUGUCCUUAGGUUCUUUAGAAGACCAUUUGCAUGAUCAUCGUGCCCACAGGAAACGGCUUGAUUGGAACACUCGGAUGAAAAUAGCGGCUGGAGCAGCAAGGGGUUUGGAGUAUUUGCACGACAAGAUGAACCCACCUGUAAUAUAUCGUGACCUAAAGGGCUCCAACAUUUUGUUAGGUGAGGAUUAUCAUGCCAAGCUGUCAGAUUUCGGCUUGGCAAAGGUGGGCCCGCUUGGAGACAAGACUCACGUCUCAACCAGAGUGAUGGGCACUUACGGCUACUGUGCUCCUGAUUAUGCAAUGACUGGCCAACUCACCUUCAAAUCGGACAUUUACAGCUUCGGGGUUGUACUUUUGGAGCUGAUUACCGGUAGAAAAGCGAUCGAUAAUACGAGACCCGCAGCAGAGCAAAACCUCGUUGCUUGGGCACGGCCGUUGUUUAAAGACAGACGGAAGUUCGCCCAUAUGGCGGAUCCGGUGCUAGAAGGUGAAUAUCCGGUGAGAGGACUAUACCAAGCAUUAGCAAUAGCUGCAAUGUGUGUUCAAGAACAACCAAAUAUGAGACCUUUGAUUGCGGACGUCGUGACAGCUCUCAACUACCUUGCUUCCCAAAAAUACGACCCGUUAACAAACCCUAGUUCCCGGAGGGGGUCUCGUGGACAAAGAUCUAGUGAUGAAAAGAAACUCGACGUGUAAAGAUGGGGGUAGUUUUUGUCAUCGUGUUCAUAUGAAAAAGCAAGCGUUCGGUGUUUUUUUUCGCAUCGUAACGAGUCGAGUCUUAAAGUUGGAAAAUCAACCUAGCUAGCGAGUGUUGGGUUUUAUUUAGGAAAGAAAAGGUUAGAGGAAUAAUGAAAUGAAAUUAUUAUAUAUAAAUCUUUUUUUAAUUAAAUUAUAUUACUUGUUGACAUCGCUUGCUUUCUAUGUAUCAAAGUACUUUUCCAAAAUACCCCUUUUUCUAUGUUUAAAACAUGUCUCCUUUUUGGGUUUUUUAAUUCGAAAGAUGACGAUUUCGGUAACAUGUUGAUUUUUGUAACUCGAAGCCCUCCUUCGAGCAUAACGUAUUUCGAAGAUGUAAGGCAACAUUAAGAAUACUAGUUGUGUA